CCGGGAAGAUGCCAGUGACUGGUGCUUUGGAACGCACUUUUCCCCGGCUUUUCUCCUGCCACCUCCGGAGGCCCUCUGACCGCCCAAGUGAUGUCGCCGUCGCCGCCGCGUUCUCUGCUCUCCCCACCCCCACUGGGAAACCCAAAGCCGGCCGGGUCCCUGAUUUUCUGCCAGCUUUGUGGCCCGAGUUCCUUACUUGCCUGUGCCGUCGAUGGCACCGAGUUGAUUUUCUGCCUUUAGUGUCGAUCAGCUGAGGGAGAAAGCUAGCUCCAGCCUCCAACUCGGUCACCGCAAAGAGUCAUCAGUUGUUUUGAUGCUCCGCUGGAGUUCUGGCCUCCUUACUGAACCAACUUUCAGAUGCUCUUGAGAGGGAAAUCGAGGCCACCAAAACAUAAGUCCUCUUUGGUUACCUGAUCGUGUCCAUCGCUGGCUAAUAAACGGCUUUUCAAGUUGGACCUGUUGAGACAUAGGCCUUAGAUCCCUACGCACUAUCCCAGAACUAUGCCUUUCCUAUGUUCUGUACAAUCAUUUCCCUGCCACAUUUUGGGAUGAGGCACUUCACUGGCAGUGGGAUGGAAUCAGCAUUUCUACUCCCAGAGUGAUAUUUAGUGAACUGUUUCUUGUAACAGGAGCUAUUUUGACUUAGUGGCUGUGUUUUGAUACCUUCAGUAAGAGAGAAACGUAGGAAACCUGGCAUCACACCUCAGGGGUUCAAAAUCUACCAGGGGAAAAAAAAAACAAAGCACCAACAAGCCUGAUAGCCAAGCCACGUUUAGUAACAUCUACAGGGUAGAAGCAAAUAAUGGGCAAGAGUCUCUUUAAUUAACCUGUGGUCAUCAUGUCUAAGGAGGAGUGUGCCAAGGCUGGCGAUAGCUCAUUUUCCUCUGAUAAACAUGCCCAGCUCAUCUUGGCCCAAAUCAACAAAAUGAGAAAUGGACAGCAUUUCUGUGAUGUACAGCUGCAGGUCGGGAAGGAAACCUUUCACGUUCACCGGCUGGUUCUGGCUGCGAGCAGUCCAUACUUUGCAGCUUUGUUUGCUGGAGGAAUGAAAGAGUCCUCAAGAGAUGUUGUACAGAUUCUAGGAGUUGAAGCUGGAAUCUUUCAGUUACUUCUAGACUUCAUUUACACAGGACUAGUGAACAUAGCUGUGAAUAAUGUUCAGGAGUUGAUUGUUGCAGCAGACAUGCUACAGUUGACUGAAGUUGUCAAUCUUUGCUGUGACUUUCUAAAAGGACAAAUUGAUCCACAGAACUGCAUUGGACUCUUCCAGUUCUCUGAGCAAAUUGCCUGCCAUGAUCUUUUGGAAUUUACAGAAAACUAUAUUCAUGUCCAUUUCUUGGAGGUUCAUAGUGGAGAAGAGUUCCUGGCACUUACGAAAGAUCAGCUAAUCAAAAUUUUACGAAGUGAGGAACUUAGCAUUGAAGAUGAAUACCAAGUCUUCUUAGCCGCAAUGCAGUGGAUUCUGAAAGACCUGGGAAAGAGGAGAAAGCACGUGGUAGAAGUGUUAGAUCCAAUUCGAUUCCCUUUAUUACCAUCUCAGAGGCUUUUAAAGUACAUAGAAGGACUAUCUGAUUUUAAUCUUCGAGUUGCAUUGCAAACACUUCUGAAAGAAUAUUGUGAGGUCUCCAAGUCUCCCAAAGAGAACAAGUUUUGUAGUUUUCUGCAGACAUCCAAAGUUCGACCUCGGAAGAAAGCAAGAAAAUACCUGUAUGCAGUAGGUGGAUAUACACGCUUGCAGGGGGGCCGUUGGAGUGAUAGCAGAGCCCUCAGUUGUGUAGAACGCUUUGAUACAUUUAGUCAGUACUGGACCACUGUAUCUUCACUUCACCAGGCUCGAUGUGGACUUGGAGUAGCCGUUUUGGGAGGGAUGGUCUAUGCUAUUGGAGGUGAAAAGGAUUCAAUGAUUUUUGACUGUACUGAAUGCUAUGACCCAGUUACUAAACAAUGGACAACUGUUGCUUCAAUGAAUCACCCCCGCUGUGGCUUGGGAGUAUGUGUGUGCUACGGGGCUAUCUAUGCUUUGGGUGGGUGGGUUGGAGUUGAGAUUGGCACCACCAUUGAACGAUUUGAUCCUGAUGAAAAUAAAUGGGAAGUUGUUAGCAACAUGGCUGUGCCUCGCUACUACUUUGGGUGCUGUGAAAUGCAAGGUUUAAUUUAUGUUAUUGGAGGAAUCAGCAAUGAGGGACUGGAGCUUCGUUCUUUUGAAGUUUAUGAUCCUCUUUCUAAGCGCUGGUCUCCACUUCCUCCUAUGGGGACCAGAAGAGCAUAUCUCGGGGUGGCAGCACUCAAUGACUGCAUCUAUUCUAUUGGAGGGUGGAAUGAGACACAAGGCGCUCUUCACACUGUAGAAAAGUACUCCUUUGAAGAGGAAAAGUGGGUUGAAGUUGCUUCAAUGAAAGUUCCCAGAGCAGGCAUGUGCGUUGCGGCAGUCAAUGGUCUCCUGUAUGUUUCUGGAGGCCGCUCUUCUAGCCAUGAUUUCUUGGCCCCAGGUACCUUGGACUCAGUUGAAGUUUAUAACCCUCAUUCAGAUACAUGGACAGAAAUUGGUAACAUGAUCACUAGUCGCUGUGAAGGUGGUGUUGCUGUACUAUGACACAGAAAGCAUAAAAGUACAAGUAGCAUUUAGAAAUGUAGGUUCUGACCUGUUGUAAAUCAAACUUGUAUUUGUGAUAUGACCCUCUGAUUCUUUUGAGGAUAUGUAUUGAAUAGAUAGAUAAGAGUGAUUUUUUUUCUAAAGUUUGAAUGUGAAUAGAUAUGGAAUAUAUCUUAAUAAAGAACUCAUAAAUUUGCAAAGCUUAGCAACAAUAGAAAUGGUGUUUAUGCCUUACAGUUAUUCAGUUAUCAAUAUAAUCCUAAUUGUAAAAAUUCUUUGUUUAGAAACUUCUGGGAAAUAGUGCCUUUGGCUACUUCUCUAGUGCAGUUCAAGUUGUAAUAUAGCCUGUAUAUAAUAAAUGAUCAUCUCUGA